UGUGUGCGCUCAGAUGGAAGGUGUGUGUCUCCAUGUUCUCGGCCUCACACUCCUCUGAAUGGCCACACACACGACUCCCCCGGCUGGAGCCGCCAGCUCCGCGUCAGAGAUGGAGACCAGUUCUACCUGCUGGAUCAAGAGGAGGUUCAUCCAGUGCUGAUGAAUAAUCAUCGUCCCGUCUCUCACCGCCACAAACUGCUGCGCAGGACCGUCAGCGUACCUGCAGACAGCAGACCACAUCCUGAGUCAGAGCACGCUCGUGCUCGCAGGAAGAGCUUUGCCACGUCGCGGCAGAGAAGCAUGGAAGCUCCGCCCACUGCCCCUACACAGCCAUUCCGACAACCUAGUUUUCUAAGUCGCCGUCUGAAAGGAUCAAUUAAACGAGCAAAGAGCCAACCUAAACUCGACCGCACGGGAAGCUUUCGCCACAUGAUCCUCCCACGAUUCCGCAGCGCUGACCAGGAGAGGACACGUCUCAUGCAGAGCUUCAAGGAGUCUCACUCUCACGAGUCCCUGCUGUCUCCCAGCAGCGCGGCCGAGGCUCUGGACCUCACGCUGGACGAGGAUGCCAUCAUCAAACCCGUCCACUCCAGCAUCCUCGGCCAGGAGUACUGCUUCGAGGUGACGACUGCUUCGGGCACCAAGUGUUUCGCGUGCCGCUCUGCUGCUGAGAGGGACAAAUGGAUCGAGAAUCUGCAGCGAGCCAUCAAACCCAACAAGGAUAACAGCCGUCGUGUUGAUAACGUGCUGAAGCUGUGGAUCAUCGAGGCCCGUGAUCUCCCUCCGAAGAAGCGCUAUUACUGCGAGCUGUGUCUGGAUGACAUGCUGUAUGCGCGAACCACCAGCAAACCGCGCACAGACACCGUGUUCUGGGGCGAACACUUCGAGUUCAACAACCUGCCGGCCAUCCGCAGCCUCAGACUGCACCUGUACAAGGAGACGGACAAGAAGAGACGCAAGGAGAAGAGCACGUUUCUGGGGCUGGUCACUAUCCCGAUCCCCAGCAUAACGGGCCGUCAUUUCGCGGAGCAGUGGUAUCCGGUCAUCCAGCCCAGCGUUCUGGCUAAAGGCGGUGGCGUGGGCAGCGGGAAGAUCAUCAACGCCUCGCUGCGCCUCAAGUGCCGCUACCAGACCAUGAACAUCCUUCCCAUGGAGCUGUACAAGGAGUUCGCCGAGUACGUGACCAACAACUACCGGACUCUGUGUGGCGUCCUGGAGCCGCUGCUGAGCGCCAAGAGCAAGGAGGAGGUGGCCUGUGCGCUGGUGCACAUCCUGCAGAGCACCGGCAAAGCCAAGGACUUCCUGUCUGAUAUGGCCAUGAGUGAGGUGGAUCGCUUCAUCAACCGCGAGCAUGUGAUCUUCAGAGAAAACACACUGGCCACCAAAGCCAUCGAGGAGUUCCUGAAGCUGAUCGCGCAUCGCUAUCUCAAAGACACCAUCGGAGAGUUCAUCCGUGCGCUGUACGAGUCGGAGGAGAACUGUGAGGUGGAUCCGAUGCGAACGCCUCCGUCGGUGCUGUCGGAUCAUCAGGCUAACCUGCGCAUGUGCUGUGAACUAGCGCUCUGCAAGAUCAUCAACUCACACUGCGUGUUUCCUCGCGAGCUGAAGGAGGUGUUUGCGUCGUGGCGUGUGCGCUGCGCUGAGCGCGGCCGGGAGGACAUCGCUGACCGUCUCAUCAGCUCGUCUCUCUUCCUGCGCUUCCUGUGUCCCGCCAUCAUGUCCCCGUCUCUGUUCAGUCUGACGCAGGAGUAUCCGUCCGAACGCACCUCUCGAACCCUCACGCUCAUCGCCAAGGUGGUGCAGAGCCUGGCCAGCUUUUCCAAGUUCAGUGGGAAGGAGGACUAUCUGGGCUUCAUGAAUGAGUUCCUGGAGAUGGAGUGGGGCUCCAUGCAGCAGUUCCUGUACGAGAUCUCUAAUCUGGAGUGUGUGAGUAACGCCGGGGCGUUUGAGGGCUACAUCGACCUGGGCCGCGAGCUCUCCAUCCUGCACAGUCUGCUGUGGGAGGUCAUGGCGCAGUUGAGUAAGGACGCCAUCCUGAAGCUGGGGCCGUUGCCGCGGUUACUGAAUGACAUCAGCGUGGCGCUGAGGAACCCACAGCUGCACCGUCAGGCGAGUCACCAGCCGCCCGAACGCCACCUGACCCGGCCCACCUUCAGCCGCCUCGCCACCAACGACUUCCAGAGCCUCAUGAUGAGAGACCUCAACAGCUCCAUAGAUAUCUCUCGUCUGCCGUCUCCAACAGCCGGUCUCUCCAGCAGCGGCAUUCUCUCUCACCCUGGAAUGGCUGCGUUCUCCGAGCGAGAUCUCCGUGGAAACAAAGACGUCUUCUACGUGACCCGCCCACCUCUCGCACGCUCAAGCCCCGCCUACUGCACGAGCAGCUCUGACAUCACCGAACCAGACCCCAAGGUUCUCAGUGUGAAUAAGAGUGUUUCUAUGAUGGACCUGCAGGACUCUCGCAUCAACAGCGUGUCCAACCUGCACUCGGUGAACGACCUGCUGAACUCGUCCCAGGGGUCUCUCGCCGGGGCCCCUCUCAGGGUCGGAGGGCGUGUCUCGGGCGGCUCCAACGUGUCGGGCGGUUUGCGUCUGAGUCACUCGGGCGGCCUGGCCACGGACUCGCUGUCUCAGGCGGCUGCCAUGCAGGUGCCUCUGUCCUUCCAGAACCCUCUGUUCCACCUGGCGUCCGACGGGCCGCAGUACCACACCCCCCCGCCGCCGCUGCUGCUGCCGCCCGAGCCGGAGAACGGACACGUGCCGUCCUUCGCUCACAGCGGCUUCUCCCGCAGCGAGGAUCUGUCGGCCCUGCGCUCACAGAACAGCCUGGUGCAGCCCAACAUCGUGCACUCGCACAGCUACAGCGACGACUUCACGCGCCACAACCAGGCCGACUACGCCCGCAGACAGCUCUCGCUGCAGGUGCAGGUGAUCCUCUUCGGGCAGGGCUCAAAGUCUCCGUCGACUCUCAAUCCUCCUUCAGCCGCGUCCGAGCGUACGGUGGCCUGGGUGUCCAACAUGCCGCAUCUGUCUGCAGACAUCGAGAGUCUGCGUGUGGAUCGCGAGGACUUCAAACUGAAGGAGCACUCUAAGAGCAUGGAUGAGUCCCGUCUGGACCGGGUGCGCGAGUACGAGGAUGAGAUCCACUCUCUGAAGGAGCGUCUGAUGAUGUCCCACCGUAAGCUGGAGGAGUACGAGCGCCGGCUGCAUUCGCAGGAGCAGCAGACCAGUAAGAUCCUGCUGCAGUACCAGAGCCGGCUGGACGACAGCGAGAGACGCCUGCACCACCAGCAGGUGGAGAAAGACUCGCAGAUCAAGGGCAUCAUCAACAGGUUGAUGGUGGUAGAGGAUGAGCUGAGGGGAAGUGGAAUGCCUGACCUCAAAACCAGAAUAUUCACAGAACAGCCGAUUUAUGGUGCCCACUCUGGAACAUGAUUGGCCCGUGCAGGACUAGCGGACCUGUGAUUGGUUGAACCUCAACCCAGGAGUGUCUGAUGAAUGGCUGAGAGAGAAGAGAGAGGCGGAGCCUGAGCAGGAUGACCAACUCCAACUGGACAAACUCCCUCUUUCUUUCUCUCUCUCUUUCUCUCUCACACACGCUGAGUGUAUAUAUAUAUAUGUAUAUUAGUGAUAUAUAACUAUAUAUCCCUCAGGUGUGUAUCUCUCUCUCCCCCCUGCUGUCUUUCUCUCUUUCUUCUGAAUUUUUUGAGCCAAAUGGACGACAAUCAGCAUCUUAAGGCCGAAACAAUCACACCGAUAGCACAAAGAAAAUCAACGCAGAUGGACGGAGGGAGAGAGACGACUUUAUACGCUCUCGUUCUCUUCCCAUCAUCCCCUGCCUCUCUCUCUCUCUCCCUCUUUACUGCAGGAGUGUGUUCGUGUACGUGAGUGUGUGUGUGUUUGAUCAGUUGCAGCCUCAACUUCCUAAUAAUGACUCAAUAACGAAUCUUGUUUUUGUUCCAAAUGAUGUUUUGAGGGGCUUGAUUCUUUCUGAACCAAUCAGACGUCAGCGUGCCGCUCAGAACCCCGCCCCUUCCUGUCCCGGGGGGGGGGGCUCUCCUCUCUGUGCCUAAAGAGCUCCAUCGAGAACAACAGUGCAAAAAAAAGACUAGAUGAGUGAGUCGGACACUCGGUUUGUUCCAUGAUCACGUGUUUGCUCAUCUCUGACAGAGACGGUCAUGUGACUCGCUCGCUUUGCAUCGUGGGCCCAAGAGAGGAAGAGCGGUCGGUGGCUUUGCUGUUUUCUGGGAUGUGGAGAUCGAGCGGACGUGUUCGUUUAGUGCUGGUUUGUGUUUGUGCCAAACGCCCGGAUGACGAGGUUUGAGACGCGACCGAGCUAAAAUCAUCCAGCCGCCCACUGAAGCUCUCUUCAGACCCUAGUGAGCCGCCCGAUCCGAUGCUUCACACAUCCCACAAUGCAUUGAGAGACAGUGUUUUAAGAUGCAGUGGAAAGUCUGAAUGUGUAUGAUAGUGAUACAUUAUUAUUCAGUAACUCUUAUCUUAUAUUCAAACUUUAGUUUAACUUGAAAUUGUGACAAAUAUAUUACUAUUGUACAAUAGAAUGUACUUCUGAAAAUAAUAAUUCAGUUAUUAAAACUUUAGUUUUUACAGAAUAUCCCAGAAUUGUUCUUACACGGGUGUGUUAUCAUUUUAACAGUAUAUCUCGUUUUGCGGCACUUUUUACCAAAAAAUAAAAGGAAUUCAUUAUUA